UGUAAUCAUUCCAGUCACAGUGAAUUGUGCACAGUUUUCCUAGCAUAUUUUAAAGUGGGAGGACAGAUGUCACAUCCGGAACCUUCGAUAAGGGGAAAUUUAUAUGGUCGGACACAAAGAUGGACGACGUACCAGCAAAUGCAAACGAGCACUGUCCAGGUACACGGAGUGAGCAGGCAGGGAACUCUUCAUCAUGUCAGGGCUGUCCUAACCAAAAACUGUGUGCUUCUGGAGCUACUAAGGUCCCCGACCCUGCCAUUAAAGAAAUAGGAUCAAAGCUGGCGACGGUUAAACACAAGAUCCUCGUGCUAUCUGGCAAAGGAGGCGUGGGGAAGAGUACGUUCAGUGCUCACCUGGCCCACGCCUUGGCAAGUGACGACACCAAGGAGGUUGCCCUCCUGGAUGUAGACAUCUGUGGUCCGUCGAUUCCUAGAAUCAUGGGGUUGGAGGGUGAACAAGUACAUCAGAGCGGGUCAGGCUGGUCCCCUGUGUAUGUGGAAGACAACCUCGCUGUCAUGUCUAUUGGCUUCCUGCUUGGUAGUCCUGAUGAUGCUGUAAUCUGGAGAGGCCCAAAAAAAAACGGAAUGAUCAAGCAGUUUCUGCGGGAUGUGGAUUGGGGGGAGCUAGAUUACCUCAUUAUUGACACGCCCCCUGGCACGUCGGACGAGCACCUGUCAAUUGUGCAGUACCUAAGCGCCACCCAUGUGGAUGGAGCAGUCAUAAUCACCACACCACAGGAGGUCGCUUUGCAAGAUGUUAGAAAGGAGAUCCGCUUCUGCCAGAAGGUCAAACUGCCAAUCAUCGGAGUGGUGGAAAACAUGAGUGGCUUUGUGUGUCCAAAUUGCAAGAAGACAUCACAGAUCUUUCCUCCAACCAGUGGGGGUGCUGAGACAAUGUCUGCGAACCUAAAUCUGCCCCUGCUCGGCAAAGUGCCUCUCGAUCCAAGGAUAGCAAAAAGCUGCGAUGAGGGCAGGUCUUUCCUUAAUGUUAUACCGGACUCUCCUGCUGCUGAAGUGUACAAGACAAUUGUGGAGCGCAUCAAGGAAUACUGUUUCAUCCAUGCCCCAGACGAGCAGAACACUAUCUGAAGCAGCUUUUAUGGCAGUCCUGUUGGACAAAGCUAAGACAUGAUUCCAUUUAGAGACCCAAUCUAGGAAUGACUCUCAUAGCCACCCAGUGGUUCUUUGUUGAAAUGUGAGUUUUCAUUCACAGAAUAUUUGUGGUCUGAAAAUCAAUCUGUCAAUAAAAAAAGUGUUUUAAUAAUGUCAUUUACAUGAAUUUGUUACACUUUGUAAUAGAGAAAUAGAUGAAACAAUACAAAAAAGAUAUGUUUUGUCUGAAUUCCCUGUUUUCAGUCAUUUUCUGUGAUGAAGUCUUGCUCGUAAUGCUAAUUUAUAGAUUCUGAUGCACACACAAAAACAAAUGAAUCAAAGAAAAAUUUAAUUAGACUAGAAAGUAAAACUGACUGAAUUCUUUGAUCUACACUUUCUUUUACAUCUGCACCAAAAAUAAUUGAUCAUGUAGUUACUCUAAGAUCCUGCUAACUGAUCUACAACCAACAAGGUAAUACAAAAGGGAAAAAAAAAAGACAUUGAGCAGCUUCAUGCUGAAGUGAUUUUGAAGUCUUAUGUUCUGUUAUAUGGCUAUGCUGCAAUAAAAUGUGUGAAUUAAAAUGUG